CCAGGACAGCCAGGACGCCCCUCGAGCCUCCACCCCUCGCCCGUCCCCUCCCUCGAUCUAACUGGAGAGGAGCGCUCUCUGGCGGGACUUUGUCGAAGGUCUGUGCACGGCUGGCGUAUACACUUGUGUACUCCUCGCGGCCCGCGAGCGCGGCCCGCCGUGCCGUCCCGUCCCCGUCAGUCGUGUACGAGCACCCAACCGAGCCACUCCGUGGAGCGCUACGCCGUGCCGUUCCGCUCGUGCCAUGGCGCCGAACUCGUUAUAGUCGUGUGUGUGCGUGUGCGUGUGUGAGUGCCAAGCUUACUUGUGCCCAUGUGUAGUGUAAUGAUGGAGGAACACCACCCGCUCAUCUACACCGAGCUGCCGGACCACCGGUUGGCCAAUGUGACGACAAUUCGCUCCUCCAAGUCGGACUACCACCGGCCGCAACCCUACCAUCUGCACCGGCUGCACCAGCCGCACCUGCAGGUGCAGCGGGUGCACUCGCCGCAGCCUCAGCUGGGUUUGGAGCUUCGAGUGCCCUCGGCGCUGGACGCGUACCACCACCUGCAACACCAGCACCACUACCACCACCUGCUGCAACAGCAGCAGCACCAGCAAGCCCACCAGCAGUUGCUCCUCCGGCAGCAGCAACAGCAGCAGCAGGUGGAGGACGAGGCGGAGCAGGAGCAGACGCAUGUCACCUGUCUGUACCCGGAGAUCCUCGCGCUCAUCUUCAGCUACCUGGACGUGAGCGGUAAGGGUCGCGCGGCGCAGGUGUGCACGGCCUGGCGCGAUGCGGCGUACCAGAAGUCGGUGUGGCGUGGUGUGGAGGCCAAGCUGCACCUCCGGCGGUCCAACCCGUCGCUCUUUCAGAGUUUGGUCUGGCGUGGCAUCAAGCGCGUCCAAGUGCUCUCCCUCAAGAAGUCCCUGCGCGAGGUGGUCGUCGGCGUGCCGGCGCUCACCUCGCUCAACCUGAGCGGCAUCUACAACGUGACGGACGUGGGGCUGUCGCACGCCUUUGUCACGGACCUGCCCACCCUGACGGAGCUCAACCUGUCGCUGUGCAAGCAGCUGACCGACACGGCCGUGGGGCGCAUCGCACAGCACGUCAAGAACCUGGAGACCCUGAGGCUGGAGGGCUGCUCGAACAUCACCAACACGGGGCUGCUGCUCAUCGCCUGGGGGCUGAAGCGGCUCCGCCGCCUCGACCUGCGGUCCUGCUGGCUCGUCUCGGACCAGGGCAUCGCCCACCUGUCGGGCCUCAACCCGGAGACGGCCGACGGCAACCUGGAGCUCGAGUACCUUGGCCUGCAAGACUGUCAGCGGCUGUCUGACGAGGCGCUGCGCCACAUGUCCACCGGCCUCAAGAAGCUCAAGAGCGUCAACCUCAGCUUUUGUGUGGGCAUUUGCGACGCGGGGCUCCGUCACCUCGCCCGCAUGCCGCAGCUCGAGUCCAUCAACCUGCGCGCCUGCGAGUACAUCACGGACACGGGGGUCUCGUACCUGGCCGAGGGCGGCGCCAAGCUGAGCCAGCUGGACGUAUCCUUCUGCGACAAGAUCACCGACUCGGCGCUGCAGCACAUCUCGCAGUCGCUGUACGGGUUGCGGUCGCUCUCCCUCAGCGCCUGCCCCGUCACCGACGACGGCAUCAAGCGCAUCGCCAGGAUGCUCGCGGACCUGGACACGCUCAACAUUGGCCAGUGCAGGCACCUCACGGACGCGGGGCUGCACACCGUGGCCGAGACCUGCAAGAACCUCAAGUACAUCGACCUGUACGGCUGCACGGGUAUCUCGCGCGCCGCCAUGGAGAGCCUCAUGAAGAUGCCGAAGCUGGCCACCAUCAACUUAGGUCUCGGACACGUGGCUGUGCGGUGACCCUGGGCGUAACCUGGCCUGGGUCGUCUGGGCUUCUCGAGUCCGCUCCGUGCGGCGGUGCGUCGCCGGUACGAGACCCAGAAUGGACUGCACAUCGAAACCGCACCCCUGGGAUCAAUCCCCUUUUCCCCAAACCAAUGUGAUAUUUUAUAUAAUGCUAUAGAUUCCUAAAGCUCAUUUAGUGAACAUGUAGACGUUUUUCAGUGUCUAAUGGAUAUUUAGUAACAAAUUAUUGAGCGUAUGUGUUUGUGUGUAUGUAUGCGUGCGUGCGUGCGUGUGUCCGAGAGUGUGUAUUGUAAGCUGGCUCAAAUCAAGUUACACAUGUGUAUGGCAUUACUUAUGGUUUUAAAACUUGUCUGAGGGACGUUUGGUCGUGCAGAGCGUAUCGCCCCGUAUUUCGGACGAGGUAAAGUUCUGGGGUAGACUGUUGUUUACCUGUGCUCUUCAUCGGGAGGGUGCAUGCCCCUUUGAAAAGAGCGUUUAAUUGUUUGUGAUAUAGGUGUUAGGUCAACAUGCACUUACUAGCCAUGAUGCUUGAUUAUACCAGCACUAGAACCAGCAAAUGUUGGUGUCAUUAUCACUGUGAUAAUGUAGUUAAUUAUGAAAUUUUAAUUGUAUGUAUUGUUUGAAUGGAGUCAGUAUGUAUUUUAUGGACUCCACAGGACACCCACUUCAGUGAUUCAUAUGGAUUAAUUAUUGUAUGCUCUUAUAUCUUCUAUUGCGCUUGUGUAUUGUUUCUUUAAUCACGCUUUAAGUAAUGCCAUCCACAGCAAUCAUUUGUUAAAUUUUACCUCUGGUUUCUUGCUUGUUGCACAGUCUAUAUCUAGAACUGAUGCCCUGUUUGUUUCCCUCCUGUAUACCUGCUUUCCCACUGUUCCUUGCAUAUGUAUGUGAUUAAUUUACCCUUCCAUUGCUAUCAGUACUGUACCAAUGUACACCUUUUCUAGUUAGCGCAAUCUAUUGUUACAUAACGUUUGGUUUUCGUUGUUUCCAUGAAAUAUGUUAAAUUGUACUGGGUCGCUGUGCCGGAAUUCCCCCUUCGCACACUUAAAUUUACUCGACUUCGAGAGCAAAAUUUUCUCCGCGUAGCCCGGAAGGUUUGGAACCCUCUUUGGCAGCUAGCUGCAAGGGAGACAGAAAUCAUCUACGAGUGUCACUUGUGGCUCGCUGCACAUAUGUAAGGCCAGCACUGGACAAUGCGCCUUGCGCUUCGCCUUGCCACGCGCAGCCAGCAUGUUCACCGGGCCCAUCUUUUUAUUUUUCUCCCUUUUUUUUGAGAUAGUGCUGUUAUCAGAUGAGAUAAGCGCCCCGCUGCAUUGGGCCCUUGAAUAUUCAACGGCGCUCGGUUGCCUCGGGACUCGGGUCCUUUAAGGGGCGCGGUGAGGGAGGGGCGGGGUGGGGGAGCGGGACGCCCCGUGGCGCGGCCAUGCGGGCGCCAGCCGCGCCCCGCUGCGAGCGCUACCCUGCGCGGAGCAGGGGCCCAACUGCAUUCGGAAUGAAAUUUUACCAACUCGUCCACUGGAAAACCCCAGUGCGCCGCCCAAGUUCUAUUGUACCGCGUGGAGGCGAGCGGGCGAGUUGCCUCCUGUAAUCCGACUGCAUGGCGCGGCGCCUCACAGCCCCGCGCAAGUAGGCAACCCGUCCGCGCGCAUGCGUGCGGUACAGUACAACUACGAAAGUGCAUGGGGGUUUUCAGCCAGUGGGUCCCGGUACGGUCGGUCGACUGUGUUUGGAGUGUGGCGAUCUUCUGUUUCGACUCUCUUUGCCAUUUUUAUUAUGAUUAUUCAAAUAUGUACUAAAACUUUGUGUUUCACCGCUGGCUGCUACUGGCUGUGUGGCAGUGUGACGCCACAGUGCUGCGCUCCCAUUUCAUUUUUGUCAGUUUGUGUUUUGCGGUUUGCUUGCUGCAAUUAGCUGUUGCGCCCCGGUGACGAAAUCCACCGAGCCUUUUCGACCUGAAGCGUGCUGGCGUGCUCCGGCGGCGUGGCGGGGAGCGAGGUGCAACCAGCGCUGGAUGUUAUCACAAUAGUUACUCAUUUAGGCCGUGCGGGUCGCACUGCGUCGCCCAUUGUUGCUUGUUUUGGCCCACCUAAAAGUCAAAAGUUUUCUGUUCGACUUCUUACUUAGUUGCUGCGUUUUCCCUUUGCGCAAAUGUUGUCGUUUUGUUAAUAUUAUAUAAUUAUUAUUUGUAGUUCGCGGAUGCCUCGUGAUAUCCGCCCCUCUUUUGCGAACUUCAAAACUGGCUGUUCUUUGCUAUUUUAUAGCUAUUGUUUAUUUCAUUUAUUUUUUUACAUUUGAGAAAUGAAUAAUUGUUAUAUUACAUUUUUGUUAUAUCAUUUGAACUUGUUGCGCGCCCAGCGAAGCCAAAUAACAGAAACUUAUUCGGGAGCAACUUGUGUUCUUGUCUCAGUUUUUAUUGUCAUUUCCAAGUGAAAAUGUUUAUAUACGUACCGAGAGACUGACGAAUGACGGUGUGUUGUGGAUGUGAGUGUAUUAUGACUGUGUGAUAUUACGCGAAUGUGUGUAUGUGUGUGUGCGUGCGUGGGAGAUCGAGAGAAAUGUUGUUUAUGUUAAGAAUGAAAUUGAUUUUUGUAAAUAUGGAGCACCAAGACUUUGGUGAGUUAUGAUGUUGUGGUGGAUGUAACAACACCUGCCAUGUCCUUGUUCAAUUUUUUAAAUUAUAGUAAACAAAUUCAAAAAUUUGGUAAAA